CCAUGUAGUGAGAACAGCACCCGGGAGAGGAGCGCUUACCCGCUCCGACAGCCAGGAGAAAAGAAGGAGUGUCCACCGACUGAAGAGACAGAGCCAUGCAAACUCAACAGGAACUGCUUUCACUACACCUACAACAUCACUGAAUGGAGUACCUGUCAGCUCAGUGACAAAGCAGUAUGUGGAAAUGGAUUCAAAACCCGCAUGCUGGACUGUGUGCGUAGUGAUGGUAAAUCUGUAGACCUCCUCUUCUGCAAAGAGCUUGGUCUGGAGAGAAAGUGGCAAAUGAAUGCAUCCUGUGUUGUGGAGUGUCCUGUUAAUUGCCAGCUGUCUGACUGGUCACCAUGGUCUGGCUGUAGUCACACAUGUGGACUGGCAGGCAAACUGUGGAGGAGACGGACAGUGAUCCAAGCUCCGCAGGGUGAUGGGAGGCCAUGUCCAUCCCAAAUGGAACAGUGGAAGCCCUGCCUGGUGAAGCCCUGCUACAGGUGGAGAUACAGCGCCUGGUCUGAGUGCAAAUCUGAGGGAGCGAGGUGUGGAGAAGGUCUGAGAUUCAGGAAUGUGUCGUGCUUUGUGUCAGACGGUUCAGGUCGACAGGAUGGUAGUGCGGUGGAUGAUGAACUGUGUGGAGAUCUGGAGCCCUCAGUAGAGGGAAACACACAAAUAGUUCUGCAGGAACCCUGUACUGUACCCUGUCCAGGAGAGUGCUACUUGACAGACUGGACUGUUUGGAGUUCAUGCCAGCUAAGCUGCAUAAAUGGAGCUGACCUGGGCUUCGGUUCAGUCCAAGUUCGAUCCAGAGCCGUGGUGGCCCAGGAUCCAGAGAACCUGCUGCAGUGUCCAGAACAAGAGCUUGAAGCACGACCGUGUACAGACGGUGAAUGUUUUGAUUACAAGUGGAAAUCUGGACCGUGGAGAGGCUCGUCUCGGCACGUCUGGUGUGAGCGUUCAGAUGGUCUCAAUGUCACAG